UCUAUUGCACCCAUUUUGACCAUAACAAUAACCUUAACCAUUCCCCACCCUCCUCCUCCUCCUCCUAUUAUUUUCUUUCACUUUGUCAACCACUACCUUCUCUCUUAAUUCCUCUUCUCCCAUGGUUUAGUGGCCUCAACUAUGGCCGUGGAGCUCAUGACAGGCUACAGAACCACCACUUUCACCACCAAAGCAGAGGAAAAUGCCGUCCAGGAAGCAGCCUCCGGUUUGGAGAGCGUGGAGAAGCUCAUCAGAAUCCUCUCUCAGACUCCCCAACAAUACAACUCCUCCAAUCAAAUAGCUAUCGACUGCAAGGCCGUCGCCGACCUCGCAGUUUCCAAGUUCAAAAACGUCAUUUCGCUCCUCGGCCCAGGCCCAACCCCAACCCCAGCCCCAACCGGCCACGCCCGCUUCCGAAGAGCUCCUCUUCCUCCUCCUCCGUCUCCUCCUUCCACACAACCCUCCCAGCCUCCCGUCUUCCACGCCACCCCUCUGCACCAAAUCCCCAAAACAGACGGCACCCUCAACGACUCCUCUUCAAAAACCAUUUAUUUCUCCUACCCCUCCCCCGCCACUUCCUUCAUCUCCUCCCUCACCGCCGACGCCCACACAAAACAACCCUCUUCCUCCUCGCCGCCCCCGCCUGCGCCGGGUUCUUUCCACAUCACCACUCUCUCCCACGUCUCAUCCGCUGGGAAGCCUCCCCUCUCCUCCUCCUCCUCUUUCAAGAGGAAGUGCAGCUCUGAGAACUUGCCUUCUGGAAAGUGCGGUAGCUCCUCUAGCCGCUGUCAUUGCUCCAAAAAGAGGAAAAUGAGGUUGAAGAAGGUGGUGAGGGUACCGGCUAUAAGCUUGAAGAUGGCCGAUAUUCCACCGGAUGAUUAUUCUUGGAGGAAGUAUGGACAGAAACCGAUCAAAGGAUCCCCUCAUCCAAGGGGUUACUACAAGUGCAGUAGCGUGAGAGGUUGUCCGGCGCGAAAGCAUGUGGAGCGAGCUUUGGAUGAUCCGGCUAUGCUGGUGGUAACCUACGAGGGGGAGCACAGUCACACUCUCUCCGCGGCCGAUGCCACUAACCUUAUUCUUGAAUCAUCUUGAAGGUGGUACCCGUUACCAGGUGUAUCGGAAACGCAACCAUUAAUCGGGUUUACAAGAUUUCAACGGGGUAAUUAUGGAGCUGUUGAAUGCCAACUUUACUCUAGUCAGGGCACUAAUCUCGAAAAAAAUUAGUGGGGUGUUCCUUUUCCCUGUACAAUAUUAUUGGAUUCUUCUUACUUUUUUUUUCUCAUUCUCUUCAAGGCUGAAACAUUGUGAAUCCGUUGCUUCAUUUAAAAAGAAAUUGUAAGGUUUUGGUGGGUUA